AAAGACUACUGACGUGGCAAUUACGGAAAGAGAAAGACCAAAACGUCGAGAAUCGCAGCCCAACAGGGAGAAAGCGCAGCCAGUAAGAGGCAGUAUUGGCCGCGCCACCGCCUUACGGUUCUUGAAUCUAUUGCUUAGAAAGAACCCAAACCGCAUUUCUUGACGUUAGGGUUUCAUUCUUGAAUCGAAUUGCAUCUGCAUCGGAAUUCCUAAAACAUCAAUCGUCGUCUCAUCAAUCAAUUUGGGAUUUGGUGGCUAUGUCGGCUCGGUUGCUGAAGAAAGUUCUCAAAGAGCAAGAGCAAAAGCUUCAGCAAAAGGACCCUCAACAUAUUGCCGAGGAAGAAGAGGAGGACGUGGACGGGGACGAGGAGGACCAGAAGCUCAAUUCGGGUUCUUCGAUCAAUCCUUUCGACCUCCUUGAUGACGAUGAUGGCCGUGUCAGUGACCAGGAGGGUGAGUCAGAAACUGCCGAUGAUUCCUUGCAGGGAAGUAGAGACAAACAAAAUUUGCCUGAGCCAAAAGGUCCCAUAGACGUAAUUUUGACAUCUGAUAACAAAUCAAAGAAGAAGAAAAAGAAGAAGAACAACAAGGAGGGUUCCUCGGCAAGUACUCAUAAAGUUGAGGAGUCCUUGGAUGAGAUUCUGGAAACUUUUUCUUUAGACGUUAACAAUUCUAGUCAUCACGAUGUUCCUGAAAAAACCAAAGCGGCAGAUUCAAGACGUCGUGAUAACCUGGUCAAACAGUCUGCAGCCUCAAUAUUACAAGUGGAUCCAAAAUUCCUGAAUGCUGAAAAUGAGCUCCGAAGAAUAUUUGGUUCUAAGGUGGUAAAAUCAUUUGAGAAAAGUAGUCAAACUGGCAGUUCAAGACAGGCUCGUGGUGUAAGACGUGGAGGUUAUAAUCCUAGAAAGACUGUUCUUGUUACUCCAUCAGAACAUUGGCCUCGAUGGGAUGGUUCUUUGUCCAUGGAAUUUCUUGAAGUGAAAGAUGGGUACCAUUACUUUAGAUAUGUGCAUUCAUCAUCCCAUUCUCAAGCUCAGAGGGAGUUUGAAGCUGCCAAAGCUAUUCAUGACCUCAACGGUAUUGCAAGUAUUUUGUUGUACCACCCUUAUCACUUAGAUUCACUUAUAACAAUGGCGGAUUACUUUAAGUUUGCGGGUGAGCACCAAAUGUCAACAGAUUCUAUUUCAAAGUGUCUAUAUGCAUUGGAAUGCGCAUGGCAUCCUAUGUUCACACCCUUGCAGGGUAAUUUCCAAUUGAAAUUCAGCGAUGAAAAGAACAAACCUCUAUUUAUGGCACUCUUCGCUCACAUGAAGAAUAUGGAUAGGCGUGGAUGCCAUCGAUCUGCUUUAGAAGUUUGCAAGUUAUUGCUUUCUCUUGAUUCGGAUGAUCCAAUGGGGGCGAAGUUCUACAUUGACUACUUAUCGUUGAGAGCGGAGGAGUAUGCAUGGCUAGAACAAUUCUCUGAAGAUUAUCAAAGUGACAACUCCUUAUGGCUGUUUCCAAAUUUCUCUUAUUCCCUUGCCAUUUGCCGCUUUAAUCUUGAGAAACACGAGUCAUCGGAAGGUGCCCAUGAAUUUACUACAAAGUCUAGCUCAACUGAUCUUAUGAAGCAAGCUUUGAUGCUUCACCCCUCGGUUUUAAAGAAGUUGGUUGAGAAGGUACCUUUGAAGGACCAGGCUUGGACGGGUAUCGUUAAGCAUGCAUUUUUCCGAUCAGAACAAGUUGGAAUCCCAACCUUGGACCACCUCAUUAACAUGUACGUUGAAACAAGUUAUCUUAUAUGGAGGCUUCCGGAUCUGCAAAAACUUUUGAGGGAUGCUGCCCAAGAGGUUAUUGAAACACUUAAACAUGAUAGUAGUGAGGCGAAUGAUUGGGCUUGCGUUAGAAAAGAAGCCUUUUCAUCUGAGAAAAAUGAGUAUCGCCAUUUAUUGGUUUUGGAUUUCUCCCAUUCAGUGCCAACCCUUCCACCUGAAAAUCUGCAACAUUUUAUGGUUGACCCAAGGAUGAGGGACGUUGUGCCCAAUGAGGGCCUGGUUGCCAAUGCAAACAACGGCAUCCCCGCUCCUCGCAACAUUGCAAACCGAAAUGCAAUAGCUGUCCUGCUUGAAUCAUUGCUACCAUGGGUCCAUUAUGGGGAUGCAAAUGGAGCAGCUGAAGAUGGGGAUAACCAGCUUGACGGGCAUGGGCAAGGAGAUGAACGACAGUGAGGUGAAGUUGCUUCGAAAGCCUUGUAGGAAUGUUGGGGCCAUGCUUGCUACGUGCCAAUUUUGUUUCAGCUAGUAGGGUUGAAUUAGAAGCCAUGGCUGAGGAGAUUGAACGUAUGCCUUCUAGGUCUAAUUCAUCGAAUUAUUCUCGUAAUAAUGUAAUUGGAUUGGUUUUGGCAAAUAACAAACCGUUGCUUGUAACUUUACAGAAGACAAGUUUAGAAUAGACCUUUCCUUUAAUUCGAUCACUGAGGCCUCGUUCACUUCA